AUGGUCCCUGGGACAGGCGGAGGCUGGGACUGCCUGAUGCUGACCACGGCAGCUGCCCUGACCCAGCUCAUGUGGCUCCCUGGCUGCUGCGGAUCCUACAUUGUUGGAGGCCAUGAGGUGAUGCCACAUUCCCGACCCUACAUGGCCUCUGUGAGCUUCGAGGGCCGUCACCAUUGUGGAGGCUUCCUGUUCCAUGCUCAUUGGGUGGCGUCAGCUGCCCAUUGCUUCAGUGACAGGGACCCCUCCACUGGCCUGGUGGUGCUCGGGGCCCAUGAACUGCUCACCCGGGAGCCCACACAACAGGUAUUUAGCAUUGCAGCUGCUGUCAGCCAUCCUGAUUUCCAGCCGUCCACACAGGCCAACGAUAUCUGCCUGCUGAGGCUGAAUGGCUCUGCUAUCCUGGGCCCCGCUGUGAGGCUAUUGCGAUUGCCACGGAGAGGUGCUAAGCCACCCAUGGUGGGAAUGCGUUGCCGUGUAUCUGGCUGGGGCUUCGUGUCUGACUUCGAGGAGCCUCCUCCCGGGCUGAUGGAAGUCGAGGUGCGCAUACUGGACCUGCGUGUCUGCAACAGCUCCUGGCAGGGCCAGCUGAGUCCUGCCAUGCUCUGCACCCACAGUGGGGACCGCCAGCGGCGUGGUUUCUGCGCGGCCUCUGGUGUGGUGACCCCAAGACCCCAGAUGUCUACACUCAAGUGUCAGCAUUUGUGA